CGCAGAGAGAACCUGAAGGUUGCUCAAAGAGGUCAAAGUUGGAAACUUUACCUUGCUUAGUUCUCUAUUCUUAUCAUCCUCAAUGCUGAAUGAAGAGUCGCUAGAUUUAAAAGAGAGGGUUCUAGUUCUAACACAAACUAUUUGAACUGAUCCUUACUUUGAUUGCAUUGUCUCCAUGGGCCUGGGCGUUGACCCAUUUGUGGCUAUUACGGCACUGAUUCUGGUCAUUCUGGUGGUUCCAAUGGAUUGCCAAAGGCCUCAAGUGGUGAACAUCGGUGCUGUUUUCGCUUUUGAUUCAGUUAUCGGACGAGCUGCAAAAGUAGCUCUCGAGGCAGCUGUCUCCGAUGUCAACGCUGACCCAACCGUACUCAAAGGAACGAAACUACUGCUGCUCAUGGAGGACUCUGGCUGCAAUGUCUUUCGUGGGUCCUUUGGAGCUUUUGAAUUGCUUGAGAAAGAAGUGGUGGCUAUGAUCGGUCCAAUUUCAUCUUCAGUUGCUCAUACAAUUUCCGAUAUUGCUAAAGGGCUCCACUUUCCUCUUGUCUCAUUUGCAGCAACUGAUCCAACUCUCUCUGCCCUCCAAUUUCCCUUCUUUCUUCGGACUACACCUAAUGAUGCCCACCAAAUGUCUGCCCUUGUGGAUCUUAUCAAUUUUUAUGGUUGGAAAGAGGUGAUAUCAGUUUACUCAGAUGAUGAGCUCGGAAGAAAUGGAGUUUCUGCUCUAGAUGAUGAACUGUACAAGAAAAGAUCCAGAAUUUCCUAUAAAGUGCCGCUCUCAGUGCAUUCUGAUGAAAAAUUCCUUACUGAUGCUUUGAACAAAUCCAAGUCCAUCGGUCCUCGAGUUUAUAUUCUUCAUUUUGGUCCGGACCCAUUGCUCAGAAUUUUUGAUAUAGCCCAAAAACUGCAGAUGAUGACCCAUGAAUAUGUGUGGCUCGCUACAGACUGGCUCUCAGUUACUUUAGAUUCUUCUUUGAGUGACAAAGGUACUCUAAAACGUCUUGAAGGAGUAGUGGGGCUUCGUCAACACAUCCCAGAAUCAGUAAAGAUGCAACAAUUCACACAUAAACUACAGAGCAACAGAUCAGUGAACGCCUAUGCAUUACAUGCCUAUGAUACAGUGUGGAUGAUUGCAUAUGGCAUCGAGAAGUUGCUGAAUGAAGGAAUCAACAUAACAUUUUCUUACUCCGAAAAGUUACUUCAUGCACGCGGAACUAAACUGCACCUGGAGAAAAUCAAAUUUUUUAACAGCGGGGAGCUACUACUUGAGAAACUUCUGAAGGUGAACUUCACUGGUAUAGCCGGUCAAGUUCAAUUUGGUUCUGGCCGGAACGUCAUCGGCUGUGAUUACGAAAUUAUCAAUGUGGACAAAAGCGGUGUUCAUACUGUGGGUUUCUGGUCGAAAAAUGGAGGCUUUUCGGUUGGAGCCCCAAAAACCCGACAUUCACAGAAGAAGACUAGCUUUGUUUCUGAUGAAAAACUUGGAGACAUAACCUGGCCUGGUGGUGGCCGUGAAAAGCCACGUGGUUGGGUCAUUGCAGAUUCUGCAGAUCCAUUGAAGAUUGUUGUCCCGAGAAGAGUGAGUUUUGUUGAGUUUGUGACUGAAGAAAAGAACAGUAGCCAUCGGAUCCAAGGAUUUUGCAUCGACGUCUUCACUGAAGCAUUGAAGUUCGUCCCUUACAAUGUCCCUUACAUAUUUGAGCCAUUCGGGAAUGGUCAUUCCAGUCCUAAUUACAACCAGCUUAUUCAAAUGGUCACGGAUGGCGUAUAUGAUGCAGCUGUUGGAGAUAUUGCAAUAGUCCCAAGCCGGUCCAAAUUAGUGGAUUUCUCGCAGCCAUAUGCUUCCACAGGCCUUGUGGUGGUGAUUCCAGCUAACGACGAUAACGCAACUUGGAUCUUUCUGAGACCUUUCACCAUCCGGUUAUGGUGUGUUGUUCUAGUUUCAUUCCUUGUUAUUGCCGUAGUCAUCUGGAUCCUCGAACAUCGUAUCAAUGAAGAUUUCAGAGGGCCACCCCGAAGACAACUCAUCACAAUGAUCUUGUUCAGCUUCUCAACUCUUUUCAAGAGAAACCAGGAAGAUACGAUAAGCAAUCUAGCAAGACUAGUGAUGAUUUUCAACAGCUUCCCUCUGCCAUUACCGGCAUCGAUAGCUUGCGGGCAAGCGAGGGUACCUAUCGGGUACCAGGCUGGGACUUUCACUUUAGAGUAUUUAACCUACAGUCUUGGCAUGGCUCGGUCUAGACUGGUCCCACUUGACUCGACCGAGGAGUAUGAAAAGGCUCUAAAGCUGGGGCCAACCAAUUGGGGAGGUGUGGGUGCCAUUGUCGACGAGCUCCCUUACAUCGAACUGUUUCUAGCAGAACGAACAGGCUUCAAGAUUGUCGGAGAGCCCUUUAUGCACCGUGGUUGGGGAUUUGCGUUUAAGAGAGAUUCUCCACUGGCUAUAGACAUGUCAACAGCUAUCUUGAAACUCUCUGAGACUAGGAAAUUGCAAGAGAUUCGAAAGAAAUGGUUAUGCAAGAAGAAUUGCGCAGAGAAAUCAAAUUGGAACCCAGAGCCAAACCAGCUUCAUCUCAAGAGCUUCAAAGGGUUGUACCUUGUCUGCAUUGCAAUCACAGUCUCUGCGUUUAUAGUGUUUAUCCUCAGGAUGAUACGUCAGUUCGUGCGAUACCGACGGAUGGAGAGAACAUGCUCGUUACCACGCGCUUCUUGGUCGUCUUCUCCUUCGAUGCGGCUUAGAGAAUUGGUGUUUGAUUUCGUGGAGUUUGUGGAUGAGAAAGAAGAAGCUAUCAAGAGAAUGUUCAGAAGGAGUGAUGACUCUAAUAACAACCCAUCUCAUGUUGGGGAAGUCCAAGCUGAUACUGAGAUGGGAUUUUUCAUGAAGAAGAGAGGUGUUUCCAUGGGACUUAUGUUCCUAUGUGUUUUUGCUUUGUGGGUUUUGCCAAUACAAGGAGCUGGUAGAGAAAGUUUCUCAAGAAACUCUUCUUCUUCUCUGCCAAGCUCGGUUAACGUUGGAGCUCUGUUUACUUAUGAUUCUUUCAUUGGAAGAGCUGCCAAACUUGCGUUUAUGGUGGCCAUUGAAGACGUUAAUGUUGAUCAGAGUAUUCUCAGGGGCACCAAGCUUAAUAUCGUCUUCCAGGACGCAAAUUGCAGUGGAUUUGUAGGCACCAUGGGAGCUUUGCAGCUAAUGGAGAACAAGGUGGUUGCAGCCAUUGGCCCACAAUCUUCAGGAAUUGGUCACAUAAUCUCCCAUGUAGCUAAUGAGCUUCAUGUACCUUUCUUGUCAUUUGCAGCAACGGACCCGACUCUUUCUUCGCUUCAGUACCCUUAUUUCCUUCGUACCACACAGAAUGAUUACUUCCAGAUGAAUGCAAUCGCGGAUUUUGUAUCCUAUUUCCGAUGGAGAGAAAUUGUUGCGAUUUUUGUGGAUGAUGAGUAUGGUAGGAACGGGAUAUCUGUAUUAGGCGAUGUUUUAGCCAAGAAACGUGCCAAGAUCUCAUACAAGGCUGCAUUUUCACCUGGUGCAGAUAAUAGCUCAAUCAGUGAUUUAUUGGCUUCUGUUAAUCUGAUGGAAUCUCGCAUCUUUGUUGUUCAUGUGAAUCCAGAUUCGGGUUUGAACAUAUUCUCUGUCGCCAAAUCUCUUGGAAUGAUGGGAAGUGGCUAUGUCUGGAUCGCCACUGAUUGGCUUCUUACAGCUUUGGAUUCCAUGGAACCGUUGGAUCCCAAAGCUAUGGAUCUCUUGCAAGGAGUGGUUGCAUUUCGUCAUUACACACCUGAGAGUGUCAACAAAAAACGGUUUAAAGCAAGAUGGAAAAACCUUAGAUCCAAGGAGAGUUUAAAAAGUGAUGAUGGCUUCAAUUCUUACGCGCUGUAUGCUUACGAUUCUGUUUGGUUGGUAGCUCAUGCUCUCGAUGUUUUCUUCAGCCAAGGCAAUACAGUGACUUUCUCUAAUGAUCCAAGUUUGAGGAAUACCAACGAUAGCAACAUUAAGCUAUCAAAACUUAACAUUUUCAAUGAAGGGGAGAGGUUCUUGCAGGUCAUUCUUGAGAUGAAUUAUACAGGUCUGACUGGACAGAUCGAGUUUAAUUCAGAGAAAAACCGGAUUAAUCCAGCUUACGACAUUCUAAACAUAAAAAGUACAGGUCCACAGAGAGUUGGGUACUGGUCGAAUCAUACAGGUUUCUCAGUCGUGCCUCCGGAGACAUUAUACUCUAAGCCUUCAAACACAUCUGCAAAAAACCAACGUCUUAAUGAGAUCAUAUGGCCAGGGGAAGUAAUAAAGCCACCUCGGGGUUGGGUUUUCCCUGACAAUGGACAGCCGCUGAAAAUCGGGGUGCCUAACCGUGUGAGCUACAAAAACUAUGCUUCUAAGGACAAGAACCCACUUGGUGUUAAAGGCUAUUGCAUCGACAUCUUUGAAGCUGCGGUUCAACUGCUUCCAUAUCCCGUUCCACAUACUUAUAUACUAUACGGGGACGGGAAGAAAAAUCCUUCAUAUGAUAAUCUCAUAAGUGAAGUUGCUGCAAAUAGUUUCGAUGCAGCUGUUGGGGAUGUUACCAUCAUUACAAACAGAACCAAGUUUGUAGAUUUUACGCAGCCAUUUAUAGAAUCAGGGCUUGUGGUGGUAGCUCCAGUGAAGGGGGCCAAGUCUAGUCCCUGGUCCUUCUUGAAGCCAUUCACUAUAGAGAUGUGGGCUGUGACCGGUGCCCUUUUUCUCUUUGUUGGAGCCGUCAUUUGGAUUCUUGAACACCGCUUUAACGAAGAAUUCCGCGGACCUCCUAGGCGUCAAAUAAUUACCGUCUUCUGGUUUAGCUUCUCGACAAUGUUCUUCUCUCACAGGGAGAACACGGUGAGCACGUUGGGGAGGUUUGUGCUACUCGUAUGGUUAUUUGUGGUUCUAAUCAUCAACUCAAGCUACACAGCCAGUCUCACUUCAAUCCUCACCGUUCAACAGCUAACAUCACGGAUAGAAGGAAUGGACACUCUAAUAGCAAGCAACGAACCCAUUGGAGUCCAAGAUGGUACCUUUGCAUGGAAAUAUCUGGUCAAUGAACUUAACAUAGCUCCAUCAAGAAUCAUUCCGCUGAGAGAUGAAGAAGAAUAUCUCUCUGCUCUUCAACGUGGUCCCAGAGGCGGUGGCGUGGCAGCCAUUGUUGACGAGCUUCCUUACAUAAAAGCUCUUUUAUCAAACAGCAACUGCAAAUUCCGUACAGUUGGACAGGAAUUCACCCGGACAGGCUGGGGAUUUGCGUUCCAGAGAGACUCUCCUCUAGCUGUGGACAUGUCGACUGCGAUCCUGCAACUGGCUGAAGAAGGAAAACUCGAGAAAAUCCGCAAUAAAUGGCUUACCUAUGACCACGAGUGCACAAUGCAGAUUUCAGACACAGAAAACUAUCAAAUCUCGGUACAGAGUUUCUGGGGACUCUUCCUAAUCUGUGGCAUCGUUUGGUUCAUUGCACUAACACUCUUCUGCUGGAAAGUUUUCUGGCAAUACCAACGGUUAAGACCAGAAGAAAGUGACGAGGUACAAGCGAGAAGCGAGGAGGCUGGUUCUUCUAGAGGGAAAAAUUUGAGAGCGGUGAGUUUCAAGGAUUUGAUCAAAGUUGUUGAUAAGAGAGAAGCAGAGGUCAAGGAGAUGCUUAAGGAGAAGAGCAGUAUGAAACUCAAAGCAGGCCAAAGUUCAGGUGAAAAUUCGCAGGCAAAAGAUCACGAAACUCCACGGUUAGAUAGAUAAAAAAGAGUUAUACCAUUUGUUUUAAAAUGACUACAGAUAUAACAUUAUACACUUAGAAAGGUACAUAGAUUUAUAUAACAUUACACUCCAAUGUUGCAAGACGAGCAAGUGAACUGAGUCAUGAAUAAAUAACAUUGAAAAUG